UUAGACUAAACCCACCAUAUAUAAAUUGCGUGAAGCUCAACAAAGUUUAAAAUCCAUUCUGCUAUCGAUCCUGCAGACUAGCAGAAACUUACGAGCUCAUCAAUGGAAGAAGAAGCAACAACAAUGGAUUUCUCUCUUCUCACUGACGCAAUUGCUUCCAAAUCCUACGACAAAAUCGCUGAUAUGUGCGACAAUUUGAUGCUUCAGGUUUCAGCAGAAGGUGUUAAUUUCCAGAACGACUGGCCUUACGCAGUUCAUCUAUUAGGGCACAUUUAUGUUGGGGACAUUAAUAGCGCGAGGUUUGUUUGGAAAUCUAUGCCAUUGGCGAUUAAAGAGAAUCAGCCGGAGGUGAUUGCAGUUUGUGUAAUUGGUCAGAGGCUUUGGACUAGGGAUUAUGCUGGUGUUUAUGAAGCUAUUCGUUCUUUUGACUGGAGCCCUCAAAUUCAACCCAUUGUUGCUGCGUUUUCGGAUAAUUAUACCAAGAAGAUGUUUCAGCUACUUGUUGCUGGCUACUCAACCAUUAGUGUUCAAGAUACAGCACUAUUUUUGGGAAUGACUGAAGAUGAUGUGACAAAAUAUGUUUUGGUGGAGGGUUGGUGCUUGGACUCUGCUGCCAGAAUGUUCACUGUGAAGAAGCAAUCUGUAACCACAGAACAGAAAUUAGAUCCCAGUAAAUUGCAGCGCCUGACAGAAUAUGUUUUCCACCUUGAACAUUAGCUGGUGGAGCUCCCCCCCUCUUCUCCCUUCCCCUAUCCUACCUACCAGAAAAACGUGAAACUUGUUACGACAGGAAACAUAGCAUGGGUUGUACUGUAGGCACAUUCUGAAGGAUCAAACUCAUUUCAACAGGGUGUUGAAUCUUGCUCCUCUUCUAAUUUUUCCGGUCAUUUGAUUAGUGUAAAUCUGAAAAUUCUUGCCAAUCAUCGAAUGAAAUUGAAGAAGGAUAGGUUAUGUUACAUUAUUAUAAUGCCUUUUUGAUUACUGUAAGGUGCUUUGAUCACCUUGUAGAAAUCAUUCUAUGUUUGAUGGCCUAUCAAGAGUUACUCCAUUAUUUAUGUACAAGCCCUGUCAUGAUUGGAGUUGCUCCAAAUAAAGCCAUCAUUUAUGUUAACAAGCUUUGAUUAAAUAAAAAAAAAGAAGAUUACAAGAA